AUGGAGGCACCCCAGGAGCUUCUGAGUGGGAAGCUCCAACUCUGCUUCACCCCCGCUGCCGGGACCAGCCUCCUGAUGCUCAGGCUGAACGACGCGGCGUUGCGGGCGCUGCAAGAGUGUCGGCGGCAACAGGUUCGGCCAGUGAUCGCUUUCCAAGGCAACCGAGGGUAUCUAAGGUUCCCAGGACCCGGCUGGUCCUGCCUCUUCUCCUUCAUAGUGUCCCAGUGUGGCCAAGAGGGCCCUGGUGGCUUGGACCUUGUGUACCAACGCUUAGGCAGAUCUGGGCCUAACCACCUCCACUGCCUGGGCCCACUCAGGGAACGCCUCACUAUUUGGGCAGCCAUGGAUUCCAUCCCUGCCCCAUCUUCAGUUCAGAGACACAACCUAACUGACAGUGCCAGAGAUCCUGAGAGUUGGCAGAACAUAGGAGACUAUUCUGAGGAAGACACAGUUUCACAGCCACAAAUGGCACUAAAAGAGGUGAGGCCACAAACUGCAGAUCCACUGGCAAGCAGCCAAAGACAGUCACUCCCAGGAUCCUCAGAGGAACACAUGGCACAGUGGGAAGUGAGAAACCAGACCCAUCUUCCAAACAGAGAACCUGAUCAGGCACUGCCUUCCUCAGCUAGCCAGAAACAUUCGGACAAGAAGCGCCCAGCACCUGCAACCACUAGAAAACUAAAAGAAAAGAGGCUCAGAACCCUGCCUUUAGCUCCAAGUCCCCUACAAGCACUGCCCAGUGAGGACCUGCAAGAGGGAGAUUGGGAGCAAGAAGAUAAAGACAUGGGCUCCAGGCUGGAACACAGUCCCUCAGUUCAAGCAGAUUCUGAAUCCCCAAGCCCUGAAGAAGUACCAGAUUAUCUCCUGCAAUACACAGCCAUCCACAGUGCAGAGCAGCAACAUGCUUAUGAGCAGGACUUUGAGAUGGAUUAUACUGAAUACCGCAUCCUCCAUGCUCGUGUUGGGGCUGCAAGCCAAAGGUUCAGAGAGCUGGGAGCGGAGAUCAAGAGAGUUCAGCAAGGAACUCCAGAACAUAAGGUGCUGGAAGAAAAAAUAGUCCAGGAAUAUAAGAAGUUCAGGAAGCGGUAUCCAGGUUACAGGGAAGAAAAGCGUCGCUGUGAGUACCUGCAUCAGAAAUUGUCCCACAUUAAAGGUCUCAUCCUGGAGUUUGAGGAAAAAAACAGGGGCAGCUGAAGCUAUCAGAAGGCU